CUCGUAUCUUUGUCACUCAUGUGGUCAUCUUGGUAAAGGUGUACAGUGCCUCGUUAUAGAUAUCCGUACACUUUUAUCCCACUGUUUAUAGGGCUCCAACAUACUAAUAGAAACCGGGGGCAGCGGAUAUACUUCCAAUUUUCAUACACUAUGCUGAUGCUGUCUGGGGUAGCCUUACGAGUUUACCAGUUGUCCAAAAUGCUGAACUGCUCUUUAAUUCAGGGUACUAAAAACACCAUGAGGCUCCUCAUACAGCGCCAAACGAGUGUACAGACAUCUAUGAGGAGCCAUUGUAUGUCAUGGGGUAAGCAGAAUUGCAAGCCUGGCCGGUCAACAGCGCCAGGAAAUACUUCUUAUCUCUUGUUGGAAGACAUGGCUUUGACAAGUAGGAGGUAUGUGAUCAUACCGUGUACGUUGCGUGCGAUCGCAUCUUGGGGCCUAGACUAUGGGGUUCAUACCUCGCCGGGGGUUCGAAUCUCGGUCGACCUUUUUUUCUUCUUGCUUCCUCUCUAUCGUAUCACUUCAUAUGUGACCACCCCCACCCCGAAUUGCACUAUCUACCUCAUUCAUUACGCCAAGUCACGAUACUCUGAAUUCUAUCGUCUACAAAACCUUCUGCGACCCUUGCAUCUUCCAGCAACAGGACGGACUAGUCGGACUUGCCUUUGUCCAUAGGUGGUUAAGGCUAUCAAAUGUGUAUGCGAGAGACAAGAAUUAUGAUGGUAAACGGCAACGCUAACA